GAGAAGCUGGGAAAGGUGCUGUUGCUUCCAUUGGUUUGGUGGAAACAUUGCAUUAGAAGCAUGCUGUGUUUCAAGUGGUGGCAUAACAAAAUGAGUGUGGGCACAACUGCAUCUCAAGCUGCAUCUUUUAGCAGGGUUUUGACUUGUUCAGCUUACUUGUGUCUUUGGGGCAACUAAUAUUUUAACACUUAAUUUGGAAAAGCCAAACAUCUAAUCUUCUAAAGGACAACAUAAUGUUUACUUUGCAAAAACAUUUCUGGUGUGGUAAUUCUUGAUGCAUUUAAACAUCGUGUGUACUUUCUAGAUUUAUAUGUGGAAACAAAAUCAGGUUGGCAUUGCUGUCAUUUGCGAAUGAAAGAUAUUUAGACAGCAUGUUUGAAACAGGGAUAGAAGUCCAUUCUUUGCGACAUUGUCUGACAACAGAAGGGAACUCUUCAUAAUAUGGAGAGAAACGGAGUUUGAAAAUACUGCUGCUACCUGACUUUGUGGCAGAAAAUGCUGUUUGGUUAGAAUAUCAAUCCUGUGUUUUAUUGGAACAUUUACUGGAAGGGUAACAGUGCGAUUUUUCACAGGUUAAUGUAAACUCUAAAGGACCACCAUCAUUUCCUGGUCCUCCCUUAAUGCAGCCUCCAGCAGCUGGACCUUUGCCACCUCCAGUUCGAUUUGGACCUCCACCUCGAGCACCUUAUGGACCUCGGCCUCUUCCUCUCUCUGUUGUGCGUGGUGCUCCUUCAUCCAUUCCGAGAGACUAUCCACCUGGCCCUCCCUUUGGAAUGAGAGACUUUCUCCCUGGCCCACUGCCACCCCCAGAGCACAGAGGGUAUCUCCGUGGACCGCCUCCUUUCCGACCUCCAGCCCCCAGAGAUUAUCCUCCACGGCUACCCCCCCAAGGAUUAAGGGACUAUCUCCCUCCUCCAUUCAGAGACUUGCCACCUUCAGGACCCAGUAACUACCAAGGAGGCCCUCCAUGCCCACCAUCCCCAGCUAGCUCACAGGACUCAGCACAUCAUCCUGAACAGAAACCGUGACUUGAGAUUUCUGGACUGAACUCGACCACGUUUCAUGUGGUGAGGAUUUAAACAGCUUCAGCACAACCAACUCUGUUUCUUCUUUUCGAUUUGGUUUCAGUGUAGCUUUUUUAAAAUGCAAGAAUAAGUUUGUCUCCAAUCUCUAGCAUUGUGCAUUUUGAUUACCUUUAAUGAGGACUUGUCCAUCCUCCUGGGAUGCAAGUAUAAUUUUUCUGUGAUGAACCUGAAGUCUGCUUCUUACAGCUGUGGCCAACCCACAGCUCUCAAUGUGCAAUAUAUGAAAAGUACCUGGGGUGGUUAGUUUUUAAUUAAUGUAGCCUGUGUAACAAAUUGAUGGAUCACUUCAUAAUUCAAAAUAUAAUCUGAACAUUUCCUGUGGAAAUAUCAUAUGUAAGAAAUGCUACCCAUUCAACUAAAGCCUACAGUGACUGUAGACCAGUGGUGUACAUAGGGAUUCUAACUCAAACCUUUUAAAAACAUCUGGUGUAAAAAACCAGAGGCAUAGACUACACUGUACUGGAAGGACAGUUCUACUAAUAAAGAAAGCAAGAUCCCUUUUGCUAAA